AUGGCAAAAUAUGAUUUUGUAAUGGCUGUAGGAGGGGCACCCGGGCAGGGAAUAGACUCCGUUGGUCAGAUUUUGACUCGGAUCUGUGCCCGGCACGGUUUGCAUGUCUUUACCUAUAGUGCCUACCAAUCCCUCAUCCGCGGCGGUCAUACCUUCCUUACUGCCAGAAUCAGUUCUGAACCGGUCGCUAACCAAGGCGACACGCUUGAUCUGGUUAUUGCCUUAGACCGGAAUAGCUUGGAGACACACCUUCCACAUGUUGCUCCCGGUGGCACACUCAUCUAUAAUAGCGAUGAUGUCAAGAAGGUACCAGAGCGUGAUGACAUACAACUGGCACCUCUGUCCUAUCAAGAAUUGUCUAAUAACACCGAUAGAAAAAAGCUGAUGCUAAACAUCUGUAUGCUCGGUGCAGCUAUGAAACUCGUGGGUGGAGAUUUAAAAGUGUUCGAGGAUAUGCUGACUGUUCAAUUCCUCAAAAGCAAAGGACAAGCGGUUGUAGAUGCGAACAUUGAUGUUGCGCGUGCAGGUUACAAUCACGCAGUUGAACACUUCACCGCAUUCGACACUCAAUUCCAGAAACAGGAACCAGCCCUCGCUGUCGUUGACGGUAAUUCGGCAAUGGCAAUGGGUGGUGCAGCCGCAGGUGUGAAAUUUUACGCUGCCUAUCCGAUGAGCCCCUCAACGGGUGUUCUGCACUGGAUGGCAAACAACGCUCGCGAUCUCAGCAUCAUGGUACGCCAAUGUGAGGACGAAAUUAGCGUCGUCAAUAUGAUAAUAGGUGCUGCACAUGCUGGAUGCCGAGCGAUGUGUGCUACUUCCGGUGGUGGAUUUGCCCUUAUGUCGGAAGCCAUCGGCAGCGCAGGCAUGAUGGAAAUUCCCAUCGUCGUUAUUAACGUCCAGCGUGGUGGUCCUUCUACAGGUUUGCCUACUAAGACGGAACAGGGCGAUCUAUGGCAGAUUCUCGGUGCAAGCCAAGGCGAUUUUCCGAAGAUUGUUGUCGCCCCCACGAGCAUUGUGGACGGCUUCGAUACUAUCCCUGAAGUCUUCAAUCUCGCAGACAAGUUCCAGUGUCCUGCCAUGGUCCUCUCCGAUUUAACGUUGUCCAUGGGCUUCACGACGUUCGACCCAGACUCUAUCAAUUGGCACCCGGAAAUAGACCGAGGUUCACUCAUUAAUGGAGCCGAGCAGUCCGAAGGUAGAUACCUCCGCUACGAAAUUACCGACAGCGGGAUCUCACCGCGAGCGAUUCCCGGUACUCCGGGUCAUGUCCACGUCGUUGCUACCGAUGACCACGAUGAAGACGGCACUUUGAUUAGUGACGAAUUCACGAAUCCUCACAAGCGGCGCGACAUCAUGGAGAAACGGCAACGGAAGAUGGACGGCAUUGCCGCACUUCUCCCACCCCCGACGCUCGAAGGACCGGAAGAUGCCGAAGUCACUCUCAUAGGGUGGGGAUCGACGCACAGUGUUAUUGGGGAAGCGGCGCAAUUGUUAACAGAAGCUGGCAUUUCUACGAAUCACAUCCAUUUCAAGUGGCUCUAUCCGAUAGACGAAGAUGCAAUGAACGAAGUGCUCGCAAAAUCAGCACAUUCCAUCAUCGUCGAGUGUAACUACACCGGUCAAUUCGCACGGUUCUUACGCGGUGAAACCGGCUUUAAGGCAGACGGUCAAAUCCGCAAGUACGACGGUGAACCGUUUAUGCCACAUCAUAUCGUUGAUGGUGCCCGCGAGCUCUUAAGCGGUAAGACAGACCUCUAUGUCCCCUAUCAAGAAGUUGUCGUCUAA